ACACACCAACCUAGACGGCUAGACCUAGUGACCUACCUCAUAACAACAACAAUGGCGGUCGAACUCCAACCCACCCACAUCUUAAUAAUACCAUAUCCAGCACAAGGCCAUUUAAUCCCCAUCUUAGAUCUCACCCACCACCUCGCUUCCACCGGCCGAUUCACCAUUUCUGUCGUUACAACUCCUAAGAAUCUCUCUAUUCUCUCUCCUCUUUUAUCACUUUUCUCCGACGUUAUUUCCCCUGUAGUUUUCCCUUUUCCGGCAACCGAUGGAAUUCCUGCCGGAAAAGAGAACACUAAGGAUCUUCCUCCGGCGAGUUUCCGGCAUAUGAUCCCUGCUCUCGCCAAACUCGAAGAUCCCAUACGUCGCUGGUUCGGAUCUCAAUCUUCUCCUCCUGUGGCUAUUAUUUCUGAUAUGUUCUUGGGUUGGACCCACAGACUUGCAGUUAAGUUGGGUAUUAAACGCGUCGUUUUCUCACCUUCUGGGGCUAUGGGUUUGUCCGUGGUUUACUCUCUUUGGAGAGAUAUGCCUAAAAAACCGGAUCAAGAUGGAAACGGUGACGUUUUGUUUAAGGAUGUACCGAAUUGUCCGAAAUACCCUUGGUGGCAGUUGUCCCCGGUUUAUAGGUCCUACGUGGAAGGGGAUGCUGACUCGGAGUUGAUUAAGGAAGGGUAUUUGGACAACAUGGCAAGUUGGGGGCUUGUGGUUAACUCAUUUGAUGACUUGGAAGGUGUUUAUAAAGAUCAUUUGAUGAAUAGUUUGAGUAGUCAUGAUGAUCGUAUUUGGACUGUGGGACCCUUGGCUUCUCCACGUGGACACGAAGAUCGAGGUGGGGUUAGUUCGAUCGAGGUUAGUAAGAUAUCCUCUUGGCUUGACACGUGUCAAGACGACGAGGUUGUGUAUGUGUCGUUUGGGACUCAGGCUUUACUUACAAGUCAACAAAUGGAGGUGAUCGCACAAGGACUAGAGAGGAGUGGUGUUAAAUUUAUAUGGGUUGUGAGAGAUGUGAUGGUUCAAGGAGAUCAUGGUAACAUGGACUUACUUGAAUUUGAAGAACGUGUAAAGGGUAGAGGUGUGGUUAUUAAAGGGUGGGCUCCGCAAGUUACGAUAUUAAGUCAUCGUGCUGUUGGCACGUUCUUGACUCAUUGUGGAUGGAACUCGACUCUUGAAGGGAUUAUGGCUGGUGUAAGGUUGCUUGUUUGGCCAAUGGGGGCUGAUCAAUUCUCGAAUGCCACUUUGCUAGUGGACCAUUUGAAGAUUGGAGUUCGAGUUUAUGAGGGAUCUAAUAUAGUUGCUGAUCCAUGUGAGUUGGCUCAAAUUCUAGUCAACUCAGUGACUCAAGAUCAAGAUGGUAGGAAAAGGAUCAAGAAAAUGCAGAAUAAUGCUUUAGAAGCCUUGAGUGAAAAUGGGAGUUCUUCCAAGACCUUGCUUAGAUUGGUUAACAAGUUAUGUGAGUUAAAUGUGAAGGAAUGUUAGCUACUAGCUAGCAAAGACAUUAAUCUAUUUUUUUUAUCUAUU